UUUCUCAAAAUCCUAAUCUCAUCCCUCUCUCUCCCUCUCCUCCUCCCACUCCAUUCUUUUCUUCUUUGUAAGUAGUAAUCUGAAGCCCAAAUCUCGCCAUCUUCUUCUUAUCUCGCCGGCGGCGGCCUUUCCAGAAUUUCCGGCCGGAAAACCAUCGGAUUUGGCCGCGCCGUUGUCUCGAUCCGAUCUCGUCGGUUUCCUGCCCCAACGGCCCUGCCGUCUUCCCCUUUCUCUCUAUCUGUUCCUUUUGUCUGUAUUCUGUAAUUAUCGUCUUUCUUUUGUAUCCGUCUCCUUCUUCCUCGUUGUAUUUUUUACAGUGUAUUCGUUUUUUUUUGGGUGAAUUUACAGUUAUAACCUCAGGUCCUCAAUGACAUUUCACUUUUUACUUUUACUAUAUAACUGAGAGGGGGGGACCACCAUAGUUGAUUUCGUCUCGUUUGGGCGGUUUCCCUUGGGCUUUUGUUGGGUUGGGUUAAAAUUGGAGUGGUUUGACGCUUUCGCUGAGGUGGCAUGAUUUCGACGGAGCGAUCGAUUGCAAUGUCGAACCACCCCCAUCGGGUGUUGACGCCUGGGGCGUCACGGAAACGGAAGGAGAGAGAUGGCCUUGAUACACUCAAAGCGUCAACUUCAACCCCGACCACCACGAUUGCAACUGCUAUGGCUGACUCGGCUCCGGUUCAGGCUCCUCCUCCUACUUCUUCAUCGAACCGGAUCUUAGCCGGUUAUAUGGCUCACGAGUUCCUAACCCAGGGAACCCUCUUCGGCCAGAAGUGGGACCCAGUUUUGGCCAAGGUUGCGCCGAUGACUGCCUCCUCCGCCUCAGCUGCCGCCGUUUCCGCCACAGCCGACGAGGGCUUCGGCGACGAGAAAGGAGAGAUGGAGAAGGUUACGAACGCGAAGGGUGUCGAAAACGGAGGGGCGAAGCUGACGGUGCCGGCGAAAAAGUCGGCGGCGCAUCAGGGCUACACUGCGGUGGCGAACCUUAUGAAGACGGAUGGGACCCACAUCCCGGGCAUUAUAAACCCGACUCAACUCUCGCAAUGGUUACAGAUAUGAAAGAGAGAAUGAGAUGCUGUGGAAGCACGUGGCGGAUUGGCAUUGGACGAAUGCUUGCUUGCUCUCUUGCUCCACGUACCAACUCUCCUCGUUAGUUUCGCGCAUGCACAGUUGAUCUCUUAUUAACGGAAAGUACUUCUCAGUCUCUCGAGAAGGUGAACAGGUGAGACCAAAGACGAAGAUAGGAGAGAAAGACUCACUCUCUUUCUCUCUCUAUCUCCAUUUUUCUUUUCUUUCUUCUUGAUUUUUAUUUUUAAGCUGUUGUUGUAGAUUUUGUUGUGUAAAAAUUGACGUGGAGGAAAUACUCUGAGCAACGCAAGAGAUUGCCAUGGAAUCAUGGAUAGAUCUUUUUAAUCUUCA